UCAAGUUCUAAAGACGUGCAUCAAACCUACCAAACGUUAGUUUUAUAAUUUUUGUAUCUUAUCAUGGCUGAGAUAGAAAACUCGAGCUGGCAAACUCAAUUUUCUACUCUUAGAGAGCGAGUUGAGUAUGCAUUCAACAAUUCUCUGUUCUGUGAUAUCGAGUUUACUGUUGAAGACUCGAAUGGAGACAAAGUUGCACUUUCAGCAAACAAAUUCAUUUUGUCUGUAAGCAGCCCCGUCUUUGAGACGAUGUUUCAAGGGAAACUAGCAGAACAAGGACCACAAAUUCACCUACCCGACUGCACCAAAGAUGGGCUACAAGAAAUGCUUCGCUUUUUGCAUUCCGAUGGAGUUAACCUGACUGGAAGCAACGUCAUGGAAGUACUUUAUCUUGCCGACAAGUACAUGCUGCCAUUGCUUCAAGACAAAUGCUAUGAAUAUCUUGCUGACAAUCUCACUCCAGAUGAUGUAUUCACUGUUCUUCCCCAAGCUCAGCAAUUAAACAACACGAGAGCAGAGGAAUUAUGCUGGAAUGUUGUCGACUUUCAAACCCAUCAGGCCGUGACCUCAAAAGCUUUCUUGAAUAUCUCGCGAGUUGUUGAAGCAAGUUCUUGAAAGAGAAACACUUCACACAGACGAAGUAAAUCUAUUUAAAGCUGUGGAUUCGUGGGCAUCUAAUAGAAUAGAUGAGGAAAGCAACAAAGAAAAUAGCGAUGCAAAGAGAAGUGUAC